UGCAAUAAUGAGUGCCGACGAAAAGAAAUACAAGGGAGUCCGUCGCCGGAGAUGGGGGAAAUGGGUGUCGGAAAUUCGAGUUCCCGGCACCGAAGGACGCCUCUGGUUAGGGACUUAUUCAACUCCGGAAGCCGCUGCCGUCGCCCACGACAUUGCUUUCUAUUGUCUCCGUCGACCAUCAUCAUUAACCGCUCUCAACUUCCCUUCGUUGUUACCUCCGUAUGUUAAUUCAGACAUGUCGCCCAAGUCCGUACAGAAAGCAGCGACGGAUGCUGGCAUGGCAAUCGACGUUCAAAUGAUUACAGCCGACAGCUCAGUCAACAAUGAGAUCACGGCGAAUGCGAACGAUGCUAGUGGCGGCUCCAGGGAAAGAAGAAGUGAAGGAAGAGAAACGGAGGGUUUGAGCAUUUCCGUUGAAGAUUAUCUCUAGUCAUCGGAUCGGGGAUUGAGCUUACGUUACGACC